UCGCGGGGAGGCCCGGCAGGAGACUGCGCGUCCCGGGCGGGGAGGGCAGUUUUCCCGGCCUUUCCUGGUGAAGCUGGGGGGUGUCGGGCAGAAGCAACGGCGUCUCCCUAGAGGAGGGAGUCCGUGCGGCCGUGUCGCUGAGGUCUAAGGGAGGCGGCCUGCGGCAGUGGGUCGUUCACCGGGCUGGAGAUGCGGGUGUUUCUGAGCCGGUGGGGAGAGAAAUCCGACGCCUGCAAGGCACGGACACAGAGCACUCAACCCAAUUCCUGCAGUAGAGAGAGAUGUGUGCCACCAUGGCUAGAAGAGGGAUUUAACCCUUGCAGAAAGAAGAAGUGUUAACCUAGGAAGUAGCACUAGUCCUGCAUUGGCUCCUCCCAGGUAACUUCAGAUAGGCAUUGCCAAUGGAUGAGCUGGUGCAUGACUUGGCCUCAGCUUUAGAGCAGACUUCAGAGCAAAACAAACUGGAUGAGCUAUGGGAAGAGAUGGCGCUAAGCCCACGGCAGCAGAGGCGUCAGCUUCGCAAGAGACGGGGUCGUAAACGACGCUCAGACUUCACCCACCAGGCAGAACAUGCCUGCUGCUACAGCGAGGCCUCAGAGUCGAGCUUGGACGAAGCUGUCAAGGAUUGCCGUGAGGUGCUGACAGCUAACUUCAGUGACUCUGAUGACAUGGCAGUGGUCAAACGGCAUCCAGCUCUUAGUGCCACCCUGAGGAGCAAGCAACACUUGUGGCAUGAGUCAGACUCCUUUACAGAGAACGCACCCUGCCGACCUCUCAGGCGCCGACGGAAAGUCAAACGUGUGACAUCGGAGGUGGCUGCCAGUCUCCAGCAAAAGCUCAGGGUGUCAGAGUGGAACUGUGAGAGGGGCUGCAGGUUCAAGUCAGCCAAGAAACAGCGUCUUUCACGCUGGAAAGAGAAUGCCCCUUGGACAUCAUCCAGUCAUGGCCUUUGUGAGUCAGGAGAGAACAGGCCCUUCCUCAGCAAGGGGGCCAGGAAGGAGCGGAUGGAGUGUGAAGCCGAUGAUCAGAAACAGGGUUCAGAUGAAAACAUGUCGGAAUGUGAAACCAGCAGUGUUUGCAGCAGCAGUGAUACUGGCUUGUUUACCAAUGAUGAAGGCCGCCAAGGAGAUGAUGAGCAAAGUGAUUGGUUUUAUGAGGGGGAGUGUGUUCCAGGAUUCACUGUCCCCAACCUUCUUCCCAAGUGGGGAGCUGAUCACCGAUCUGAAGUGGAGAGGAUUGACUCAGGCCUGGACAAGCUCUCUGUUUCCACCUUCCUUUUGCCCUCACAGCCAGCUCAGAGAGGAUUUCAUGCUCGCCUGAAUCGCCUUCCAGGAGCUGCCGCCCGUUGUCUCCGUAAAGGUCGGAGGAGGCUGGUUGGCAAGGAGACCUCCAUGAGCACUCUGGGCAGCGAGCGGCUGGGUCAUAUUGUUAGUGAUCCGCGCCAGAAAGAAAAGAACACAAUGCUGGCUUCUGAUUUCCCACACACUGUGGCCUGUGCACUUGAGUUCAAUCCAUUAUCUCCUCUGUACUCUCUGGAUGUGCUUGCUGAUGCUUCCCACCGAAGAUGCUCACCAGCACACUGCACUGCCAGGCAAGCAAAUGUCCACCUGGGACCACCAUGUUCAAGGGACAUCAAGAGGAAGCGAAAGCCAGCUGCAGCCUCCACGUCUAGCCCAACAUCAGCAACUUUAUCUGUCCACAUGGAUGCAGCAGAAUCAGAGCUACCAGCAACACCAUCCUUGAGAUCCCAGAACUCUGAGUGGACGGGGAAAAUACCAGCAGCUGAGAAAUCUGCUACUCCUGCCUCCAGUAACUUUUUUAAAAUGCCACCAGAGAAGAGCCCUGGAUACAGCUGAAAGGAAGCAUUGCAACUGUAAAGCAUUGCUCGAUUUUGGAAGUGUUUGGUUCUGGUGUUUGUCUGCACCAAACAUCUUGUUUGGCAGUAGUGGUAUCUUCAGUAUUGGUGUGUGAUAUGUGCCAUCAUCCAGGCUGGUCUGUGUGCCUCACACACCUAAAUCAUGUUUGUGAAUCUAUGCUUAAGAAAAGGUAAUCAGUGUUGGGACUGCAGUGGCUUUUAGAAAUUUUCCUGCUAUCACUGUAUUUAUUAUGAAUUCAUCUCUUUCCCUGAUUCCAGCUCAUAUGUAAUGGGUCAUGUACAGGUUCUUUUGGGUUUUCAGAUCUUUAUUCACUCCCGGACAUGUUGCUUGUUUGUGUAUUUGGCAUUUUCAGGGUGAAAGUCCCACUGCCAUUCAGGGAGGCAGGAAUCUCCAUCUGCUUGCUUCCAGACCAGAAGGAUUUCUUGGCUGGGGAAUGAGGAGGGAAACAUGGAAUCUGAAUCCUGUAUUAGCAGAAUGUUUUCUGGCCAUGUGCUAACAGACUGAAAUCAUGUUGCUUCUGGCAAAGCAAAUAUGGUGCUUGUCUAUGUAGAAAGUGCCAUUAGCUCACUGGCAGCAUUAUCCAUUUGACUUUUUCCUUCUCCCUUGUUCUGAAUGUCUUCAGUCUUUAUUGUGUAUUGCAUGCUCAUUCCUAAACCUCCUGCUGGAUAAGGAUUUGGGAGAACUGCUUGGACGCAAAUGUGCAAGUUGGUGUCCUGGAUAGAAAUCUGGAGCCUUGAAUAUUGUUGCAGUAUGGUAGAAGAAUAUACAAAACAUCUGUAUCUCAGUGUAUAAAUUUAAAAAUAUCUGUUAGUGUUUCUAAAGGAUGCUUGUUGAAGUUAACAUGCCACUGAACAAAAAAGCUAUUUAAAGUGUCACCUGAGUUCAGAGCGUUACAGGUAUAGAUCAGACUCCUUCUCUAUCAUGCUUCCUCUUCCUUCAAAAGUAUUGUCUGCUAUGCCUACUGGAGGUGUCUCCAGCUGCUGAUGAUUGCACAUUACACUGCAGUGUACACUAAAGAGAUUCUCUUCAUGGAACUUCCACUUGGUCUGCUGUUACCUUCUGUGUUGCAGAAUAUAUGGACAGGGAUUUCUUUCCUCUCUGUAAUAACUCUGGAGCUUAUCUUGGACUGUGUUUUCAGAAUAUAUACCUGUAUAGCAUGUACCAAGGAACAGGUGGCCUCACAGCUUCUUAAGUUCUUUAAGUCCUAUUUCUAUGAAUAGAACUUUUUGCUUUCCUCAUGUGGAGCUUUCAGACAGUACUGUUUAAACUUGUAAAGUCUGUUUUGAUUGUGGCAGUGCAUCUAGCACUCUUAAGCAGAUGGCAAAAUUUGUGUGAUUUUAUUGAUUUUGCAGUGUUCUGUUCUCUUAUGAAUCAAGUGGCUGAGGGACAGAUUUGAUUGGGGAAAUAUGAAGCAGUGAUUUAUUUUAGCUGUGUAUUAAAAUGGGAAAUGGUCAUAAUAUACAGAAAACAAAUUGAAUGACUUGCUAAAUCAUGAUUGACAGAUAUAGUUAGUUAUGUUACAUGCACACUAUGUCUGAUCCCCUAAUACCUACUUAUUCUUGGGGAGACAUCCAAAUUGGAUUUAUAUUUUGCAGUACAAGCAAACUGUCAGAUCUGUCUCUGUAAAUCCUUCUCAAAACUUUUUUUCUUUUUUUUUUAUUUGGGGUAGUACAUUUUAGAAGUAAUUAGAACGGGGAAACCCUUUUUACCUUAAUGAAGGAAUAGAGAAGUCAGUUUGGAUUACAGGACAAGCUGUAACAGUUUAUAAAGGAAGUAGUGUUCCUGUUUUAAAGUUGUCAUGGAUUUGUCUUAUUUGUAGCUGUUUUGAACAAUGAUGCCUAAGGAGUAACACGGGAAGUUUCAGCACUGGAGGGCCUGUAAUCUAAAACAUCUGAAGAGAAGGUAAAUCUGAAGAGUAGUAGCUUGGCUGUCUAGUACUCAUGAAUACAGUGAAUGGGAAAGGUGAUAAUGUUCUUCUGACAACUUGCAGAUAAAAUUUGGGAUUUGAAGCCUUGUAAUCUAAACUGCAUGCUGUUGUAAUGAUAAUGAGUGGUUCCCUAAAAGAGCAUUUGUGAAAUUGACUGGUUUUGAUCUCAUGGAGUAUCCUCCACAGCCUCUCAUGGUUUGAGUCUGUUCAACAGAUUUACUCAGAUUACUGCCCAUUCAGCUUUAUGCAAUAAAUACAAUUUAUUUUAUUUAUAUACAAUUUUAGCCAUUGUGUUCCCUUUUAAAAAUCAAUUGUGAUAUAUCUUGCUACAUUCUGCGUAUUCUUGAGUAUUGUCCAAAUAGUUUUUUCUCCUCUGUUAUGUCAGGAUGCUUUAAAAGCUUUUUCAAGAAAGGUGUUAGGGAAUCAAGAGCCUUCAUGUCAUUGUGGUGGUGGAGGGGUGUGUUGCAAUGCUUUAUGUGAUUUUUCUCUGGGUGCAGGGAAAGAGAAUUUAUCAUAUUUUCCUAUUGAGGUCAGUAGUAGUGUUAUCUGGUUAAGCCCUUACUUAGGUUGUAAGCUCCUAGGAGAUAUUUCUUGCCUUUAAAGGCAGAUUGUACCUGUGGCAGUACUGAAGAGCAGCUGUGGCAGUGUCUUGACAAUCCGCACUUCCUGCCAUGGCAACUUUCUGGAAGUUCCAGGGGAUUCCAAUUAUUGCAGCUGCCCUGUCUUUUCUAUUUCUAGGUUAGAGUCCAUUUACAAAUCAGUCAGAUUCUCAAUCAAAUUUGAUUCUCCUGAGUGGUUGGCAACCUAAAUGGAUCAUGUAUCUUGUUGCUCUAGGGUAUUUAUCAAAAUAUAUCUUCAGACUUCAGUAACUUGAUACAGAUUGUAGUAUCUAGAACAUUCUUAGAUGAAUAAAAUAAGUCCAUUGUUUUGCCUCUUUUUUUCAUCUAAGGCAGAUUUCUUAGAACUCACUCUGCUCACACAGUACUCAGUGUGAAGGAUACUGCUUCCCAUGUGGAUUACUUGAGUAGAAAGGAGUAAUAACAUGCCUUGACUUAGUAGCUAUGCUACUGUGAAGAUGGUCCAGUGUGUGAUUAUUGCUUCAGAGAUACUCAGCUCACUCGUAUUCCACUUUUUGUCCACCAGGACUACCCAGUCUUUUUUCAGUUUGUCUUUCUCCUUGUCCUUAUGGGACACUUCAACUUCACAGACAGGACCUGGGAAUACCAUACUACUGUGACAGGCAAGUAUGGGAAAUUCCUGAAGUAUGUUGAAGAUAAUUUGUAGUCACAAGUACUCAACCAACUAGGAAAGAUCCCCUCCUAAACCUGUUAUUUAUUAAUAAAGAAGGACUUUUGAGAGAUAUGAUGGUAGGUGGCUGCUUUUGCCACAGGAUCAUGAAAUAGGUUAUUUUAAAAUUUUUGAUGUAAUGAGGAAAACAGUCAGCAAGGUUCCUACCUUGGAAUUCAAUAGAGAUAACUUUAGGCGACUCAGUGAGCUAGUUACUAGUGUGCUGUUCCUUGAGUCUGGUCAGUUUUUAGGAAUCACCUUUUAAAAGCACAAGAGCAGGUGAUGUCUCUGUGUUGAAAGUCAAACAAGCCAUGCAGAAGACCAGCUUAACAGGGAACUCCUCUUGAAUCUCAGGAAGAGAAAGAGAUUCUAUGAUCUCUGGAAGCAAGGUCAAGCUUCCAGAAAAAUUACAGAGCUGUAGUUCACAUAUACAGGGAGAAGAUAUGAAAGACCAAAACUUAAUUAGAGUUGAAACUAGCCAGAACUGUUGUGUCAGGCAAGCAAGGCUUUUUGAAGUACUUAAAUAGCAAGAGGAAGUCUAAGGAAAACAUUGAUAUUUGUUAUAGAUGAUCACCUGACAAAUUGGAGUGAAGAAAAAGUGGGGGCAUUCAGUAUUUUUUUUUGCCUUGGUCUCAUAAUACUGAUGGCAGACCUUGGGCUGCUCUGUCUUCUGAUUUGGAGGACUGUUACUGUGGGAAUAGUGACUUUGUUUGUGUACACGGAGAUUGUAAGGGACCAGUUGAAUGUUUGUAAGUCUAUGAAGCCAGGUGGGAUUCAUCCCAGAGUACUGAGGGAGCUAGUGGUUGUUGUAGCAUGCCCUCUCCCAGUCCCUACCAAAGGUUUUGGGAGUCUGGGAAAGGUCUAUGCUGACUAAAAUCCACUCAGCAUUAUUCUAGUUUACAAGAAGGGCAUGAAGCGAGACCCAAGAAACACCGACCUGCUACUCUAGCCCAGUACCUGGAAAAAGUGUAGAGGAGAUCAUACUGGGUGCUAGUGAAAGGCAUUUAAAGUCCUUUCAAUCAUAGAAUCAUAGAAUAUCCUGAGUGGGAAGGGACCCAAAGGGAUCAUCAAGUCCAACCAAGCAGGUCCAGUGGGUGAUGUGGUGGUUGGUGGCUGUCUUGGGCAUAGUGACUGUGAAAUGUUAAAGUUUUCAGUACUGGGUGAAAUAAGGAAGGACACCAGCAGAACUUCUACCAUGGACUUCCGGUGGGCAGGCUUUGGCCUGUUCAGGAGAUUGACAGAAUCCCUUGGGAACCAGUCCCGAAGGGCAAAGGAAUCUAAGAAGGCUGGAUGUGGUUUAAAAAGGAAUUCCUAAAUAUGUUCAGGAGCAGCUCCAUCUUCUUAGUCCUUCUUUGGAUGCCCUCUAAUAGCUUUAUAGCUUUCCUAUAUUGUGGCACCCCAAACUGCACACCGGACUUGAGGUGAGAUUGCACCAGUGCAGAGAAGAGUGGGACAAUCCCCUCACUCAAUUAGAUCAUGGUGUAAUUUUAAAACAGAGCAAGUAAUAAAUGGCAAGUUGGUGAAAGAGCUGGAAGGCAUAUCCUGUGGGAAGUGGUGAAUUUGGUUUUGUCUUGUUUGAGAGAAGGUGACUGCUCUCUACAGUUUCCUGAGGGAGGGAAGUGGAGAGAGCGGUCUCUGCUCCCUGGUAUCCAGUCACAGGGCACAUGGGAAUGGUUCAGAGCUGUGCCAAGGGAGAUUCAGACUAGACAUUAGGAAACACUUUUAUAGAGGGAGGGUGGUCAAACACUGGAGCAGGCUUCUGAGAGAGAUGGUUGAUGGCCCAAGCCUGUUGGGGUUUAAGAGACAUUUGGACAAUGCCCUUACUUUAAUUUAUGUUCAGUCCUGAAAUGGUCAGUCAGUUGCACUCAUUACUAAUUUUAGGUCCCUUCCAAUUGAACUACUCUAUUUUAAUUGUUAACUUCAUGAUGUUUCUGUCUUUUCAUUCUCCAAUCUGUCCAAGUCCCUUUUGGUGGUAUCCCCACCCUGCAGCAUAUCAGUGGCUCCCUUCCUCAACAUGCCAUUAUUUCUGAUCUUGUUGAGAGUAUGUUCUGUCUUUUUCCACCGGGUCACUAAUGAUCUCUGAAAACUAUCAAUGCCUGUAUUUCCUUCCAAGGCAUGCUUUUCAUAAGUAGCCAUCAUGCAGAUUUCAAACCAUUGAUGGCUUAACCUCGACAGCUUUUCUCUGAUCUUUCUUACUGGGUGCUGUCCAGUCCAUAGCUCCCCAUGUGGCUGUAAGGGUGCUGUGAGAGACUGCAUCAAAGGGCUUACUGAAGUCAAUGGAGACAUCAUUCGCUGCCCUCUGUGCAUCCUCAGAGCCUAUCAUUCCAUCAUAGAAGACAGGUUCAUAGGCUUGAUUUUCCAUCAUUUAGUCCUAGUCACCUCUUUGUCCUUUGGGUGCCUAGAAAUGGCUUCCUAAGGUUGGUUCAUGAAGCUGCAGGGGACUGAGGUAGGGCUGACUAGCCUGUCACUCCACCAGUACUCUUUCCUGUAUUUUUAGAAAGGUGAUGUAUAGAUACAUACCCCUUCUUGUCUCCGGGGACCUCAUGCAAUUGCAACAGUUUUUCAUCGAUGGCAGUGACCAAUCUCAAAAUGACAUACUUCUGUGUAUAGGGAGAAGAUGGACACUCAGUGAAAGAGAAAUCAAAAGCUGAGAGAAGCAUGUUUUCUAGUUGUUCUUUGCAUGUUGCCAGUAGUUCCAGUGAGCUCUAGUCAGGAUUAAUGCCCAGUUUGGUAAGUACUGGAGAAGACUGAAGUAAAAGAAUGUAGUUUCUGUCGUGAUGGAUUUAUGAUUUUAAGGUACAGUAACAAGUGGAGAAAGCAGCAAAACAGGAGCUGGAGAGAAACUUGUUAGAGGCUGGGACUAGUGCUACUGAAUGAUAGAUUAGCUUUGUGAUUGUGGUAUGCAGAGGUGUGUCUUGCCAGCAUAAUUCUUGAAUAAUGACAUUGAGUAGGUUAGUGCUGUCCUUCAAACUGCAGAUGCUCUUGCUGUUAUUUUUUGGAUGUUGUGGAGACCUGCUUAGUGGGCAGAGGAUGAGAAGGGAAAUUGUAGGAAGGGCAACAAGAAGCAUGAUGGAGUGUCUCUUUUACUGUAACCCCUUCUGUUCUGAAGAAGGAAGAUGCUACAAAAAAUAGUAUGUGUGCCUAGAUAUUGAAAAGAAAUUUUGUGAAUUGGAUAACAACUUUGCUUUUUUGUCUUGAGGAACACUUUGUCACCAGAGAAUUCUUCAGUAAAGCAAAAGUGAAGGAUGCUACAUUUGUUCAGAAAAUGUAUUUUAAUGGUCUGUUAGGAGACUAUCAAAGAAAGAUGAACUUUUGUUCUCAUUGUGAUACUUCAUUUCUGUGUUUUUGUUUCCUGUAUUCUGUUCUAGUUUGUGUUUUGUGAUUGCGACAUCUUUUUGUACCAUCAAAUGCAGGAAAAAUACAGUGAUGCUUCUUAAAGCACGAAGCUUAAGGGGACACUUGCUAUACAGGAGGUAAAACAAAAUAAUCCUAGGCUAUUAACUUUACCCAGUACAAGGCUUGAACUCGGCACAGAGGACAUAAUGGCUUCAUCAUACCAAAGCAUCUCUUUUUUAAGAGAGUGAAUAGUGCCACAGGUAAGUGCAGGGAGACUAAACUGGCAGCAGAGCCUGGAGACCCACAUGUGGUUGGGCCUCAGUCACAUCACAUCUAAUACAGAUUUACAUUGUAGAGACAGAAGGAACUUUCAACAUCGUUCUCAAUUUUACUGUGGUGAGAAUGCCUUCCCGUGCAAACACGGCUGUCACUGUGAGUCCAGUGGGCUGAAAAGAUGUGCUCACUGGCAUACUAUGUAAAGAGAAUUCUUGUACCAGCUUAAAGAAUUGGUAAAACUGGAAAAUGGAGUGGUACAGCCUGUUGUAUCAGAGAAAGAUGCAAAAUAUAUAUAUAUAUAUAUAUACUUGCAGUAUUCAAGAAAAGUAUUGUUGAGCCCUGUGAGUUAUCAGCUAGAGUAUUCAAUGUCCUAAAGCAGAGAUGCCAGUAUGAUGAGGAUGUCCAGGGUUUUACAAAGCUGCCCUCUUGUCCUUGUAAACUCUGAAGGAAAUGGGAUGAACAGCAUGAAAAAUGCUGUGUCAGACCAAAGGUCUACUUGUCUUGGUAGUCUGUCUCUCACAGUGACCUGGUUUGCCUACCUGGGGGUUACUGUAAAGAUAAAGCAAUAAUAUAGUGAUACUUUUUUAAAGUGUUCUCUUAGCCCAGUGUCCCGCCUCAAAAAGAUGUACAAACUUUCUUUGAGGCUGGAAAAAACAUUUUUAAACUUUUGGUUAUAGCAUUUAUCCUGCAAUGGGAUUUAAAUAUAUUUUUACAAGGACACAUCCUGAUGAUGAAAACGUCAAGUAAGGAUUAGCAUAUCUUUGUUUGUAAUCAGUUUUCUUAUUAAUUACUGUCUUUAUAAGUAAAUAGUGUCUUCUCUUGGAGUAUUCUUUUUCCUAAUAUCAACAUCCUGACAUUGUGUCUUACCAUGCUUUUUUUUCAGCAAGGUUGAAAAGUCUUGUUCUUUCUUUACAAUGAGGCUUUUUUGACAUAUAUUUUUUAUGUCCAGUCAACAAGUCCUAUGUAAUCCAUUAACCCAUAUAUAUAAUUUUUCAUAAGCUUCAUACUGUAAAACUUGUCAUUUAACAUUUAAUUGUGCUCCUGCAUGAAAAUCCCCAGUAUUCCACAUCCAUAUGCAUUCAAUUCUAGUGUCUAUACCUAAAGUAUUCUUCAGAGUAACUGUUAAGAGUCACUUAUGAUACUCCUCACAGAGUGUUCUAAUACUGCUAUUCAGGCUUCAUGGACUCAUAUAGCCAAAUGUGCUGCUAGUGUUUGCUGCCCAAAUGCUGCUGUAACACUGCUGUAGGAGGUGGCAUUCAGGCAGCUGAACCUAAAGUUCUUACCACUGCUUUUCAAUGUACAAGGUCCUAGAAAGUAAGAAUUAUUUUUUUAAUUCAAAAAUGUAUUGCAUUUCCUUUAGCAGUAUUAUAGUGCAAUUUUGUUCCAAUCAUAUUUGUAGUUUGCAAUACUUAAGAGUUCAGUCUUAUCAGAAGAAGAUCAGAGGUGUCACGCCUGUAUGGUAGAAAACCCUCUAUGACUUUGGAAAUUCUAAGUAAUAAAGCAUCUUUUGUCUUGUAAAUGGGCAUAUAAAUGAACUUCCACCUAAAGACUAGGCUGUCUAGAUUGGUGCAUGUUAGAUGUCAUUGCUGGAGGCAUUUCUAAGAGGGCUGGUCUGGCCUGACCAGAGUCCUUGGGCACUUCUGAAGUCCUUGAAUUUUCUCUCAGGUUUUGACAACACCAGAUAGUGAGCCAAAGCUACCAUCAGUUGCAUUUUAGCUUCCUCCUGCUGUCAAACAGGAGAUAGUUCACAAAAAGGUCUACUCAAAGUCUGUGAAGAGCUGCCUUGUGCAUGUCCCAAAUAUUUUAUAAGGUCAUAAGAUUUAGCUGUUUGAUAGGGGUUGGACUCUGGAUUCUUGGGACUCUGUUUUAAGGGUAACAUGUAAAUAAGAAAGAUUCCUGCUUGUAUUCUUCUGUUUUAAAUAAGAUGUGUAUUCUCUGAAUGAGGCUCUUGCAGAAUCUCUGUUCUGAUUAUAGAAACUGGAAAUAAAUCAAUAUAUGAAA